AUGCAAUCGUCUCUGCUCCGCGCUGGUGCGCAGCCCUUCUCGCGCCUCGCCUGCCGCAUUCCAAGCUCGAGCUCUCGCGCACUCGGCACUUACGCGACCUUCAAGGUCCCUCAGAUUAACAAUGAGCUGAACAAACACUAUGCUCCUGGCUCGCCAGAUCGCAAGGGCCUCGAAGAGGCUCUGGCUACGAUUAAGCAGAAGGCUCCUCUGAACGUGCCUCUGGUGGUCGCUGGAAAAGAGAUCAAGAACUCCCAGAUUUUCACUCAGAGCAAUCCAGCUACACAUGCGCCGGUCGCGACCUACUCCAACGCCUCCAAGGCCGAUGUUGAUGCUGCCAUUGCUGCUGCCCUCGCGGCUCGCAAGUCGUGGGCAGCCACACCCUUCGCCGAGCGUGCCAGCAUCUUUCUCAAGGCUGCUGAUCUGAUCUCCACCAAGUACCGCUACGACAUUAUGGCUCUUACCAUGCACGGCCAGGGCAAGAACGCCUGGCAGGCUGAGAUUGACUCGGCCGCCGAGCUUGUCGACUUCUUCCGUUUCGGCGUUAAGUACGCCGAGGAGCUGUAUGCCCAGCAGCCUGUUCACCACGCUCCUGGUGUGUGGAAUCGCCUGGAAUACCGCCCCUUGGAGGGUUUCGUCUAUGCUAUUAGCCCCUUCAACUUCACUGCGAUCGGUGGAAACUUGGCUGGUGCCCCCGCUUUGAUGGGUAAUGUCGUGCUGUGGAAGCCCUCCCCCUCAGCUAUCGCCUCCAACUGGCUUGUUCACCAGAUUCUUCUUGAAGCCGGUCUGCCUAAGGAUGUCAUUCAGUUCGUGCCCGGCGAGGCUGAGGAGGUCACUAGCAGUGUCCUCAACCACAAGGAAUUUGCUGCUCUCCAUUUCACCGGUAGCACAGAUGUUUUCCGCAUGCUGUACGGCAAGAUCUCCCAAGGUGUGGCGGAUGGCAAAUACCGGAGCUACCCUCGCAUUGUUGGUGAGACCGGUGGCAAGAACUUCCACCUGAUCCACAAGACGGCGGAUGUGCGCAACGCCGUGGUCCAGACCGUCCGCGGUGCCUUCGAGUUCCAGGGUCAGAAGUGCAGCGCCACUUCUCGUGCUUACAUUGCUUCCUCUAUUGCGGAAGAGUUCGUUGAGGGAGUUGUAGCUGAAGUGAACAAGCUGAAGAUCGGCGAGCCAUCUGAGUUUUCUAACUUCUGCGGCCCUGUCAUCCACGAGGGCUCGUUCAAUAAGCUGGCUGGUGUGAUUGACGAGGCCAAGAAUGACCCCGAGCUUGAACUACUCGCCGGUGGUUCGUACGACUCUUCUAAUGGCUGGUACAUCCAGCCUACCGUGUAUCGUACCUCUAACCCCGAUCACCCUCUUCUGUCGCGUGAGCUCUUCGGUCCCAUCAUUGUCCUUCAUCCCUACAACGAUGCCACGGAGGCCGACUUCGUCAAUAUCUGUGACAAGAUCGACAGCACUGGCACCUACGGCCUGACUGGCUCCGUGUUUGCCCAAGACCGCGAGGCUAUCCAGGUUGCCGAUGAUGCUCUCCGCAACGCUGCUGGCAACUUCUACAUCAACUGCAAGAGCACUGGUGCCGUUGUCGGCCAGCAGCCCUUCGGCGGUGCCCGCGCCAGCGGUACCAACGACAAGGCUGGCAGCGCCAACCUGCUGUCUCGCUUUGUGAGCCUACGCUCCGUCAAGGAGGAGUUCGUUCCAACCUACACCGUUGCUUACCCCAGCAACGCCAACUAA